ACGCCGAACAGAUUUUUUUGAUGAGAAAGAACGCCGAAUCAAUCUGUUACUUCUAGGCUCCAGCACCGGAGCUCCCUCUUCUCGUCUUCUUCCUCCCUCCCUAUUUCUUUUGUCAUGGACUCCUUAUUAGCAAACUAUGCUUCUUCAGACGACGAAGGCGAAGAUGAACAACAACAGGUGAUAUCGGAUUCCCCCUCCAAAUCUCCUUCUAACUUUAAUAAACCCCCCAAGACCUCUUUCCUUUCAUCUCUUCCCCCACCAAAAUCCUCUCAAUCCUCCUCUGGUUUCUCUUCCCUUCCUCCUUCUAAGUCUCUUCACCCAACCACAAAAGAACAUUCCCCCUCCGAGUUCCCUUCUCAUCUUGGCAAUGCCACCAAGACCUCUUCUAUCUUUUCUUCCCUUCCCCAACCUAAGUCCUCUGGUUUUUCUUCCCUUCCUCMUCCUAAGUCUCUUCACCCAACCACAGAAGAAGAUUCUACCCCCAAAUCCCCCUCUCAUCUCGGCAAUGCCUCCAAGGCCUUAUCUAUCUUCUCUUCCCUUCCCCAACCCAAAUCCUCCUCUGGUUUCUCUUCCCUUCCCCCUCCCAAGUCUCUUCAAUCGACUACUACCCAGGCCGCCUCUAAUAUCUCGUCCACAGAUCUCAAUAGAAAAAGGGUCGUUCAAUUCAAGCCUCCCAUAAACCUAUCUUUGCUCAAACCCCAGGACGAAGACGAUGACGAGGAGGAAAACGAAAGAAAACUCACCAAAGAAUCGGUCUCUUCAGGGCAAACCUCCUCUUUGAAAUCCUUCUUAUCCAACCUUCCUGCUCCAAAGAACUCCCUGGGCUCAGGUGCUUCGUCUUCUUUGGGUUCUGGUCGGAGAUCAAUCGUUGAGGCAGAUGUACCCACAUCGAAUUCUGAUGUACAUAGAGCGGAAAAUGAAUCAAAUACUGUUGAGAAUGGAGGGCAUUCCGAGGGCAAUUGGGUUGAUGGGUCGUACUCGUCAAUGGUGGGAACAGUUGGUGGUCCGUCGGAGUUUGCAACUGGAGGAGCUGACACCUCGAGCUGGGCUCCCAGUAAUGAGAAUUAUGAGGCCUACCAAAAUUAUGGGAGUUAUGGAGAGUAUGGGGGUUAUGGAAAUUAUGGGGAUAAUUGGGCUGAAGCUUCCACAGUGACUCCGGCAACAGAGAAUUCAGGGAUGUUUGAAAGCACGGCAAGAAUAUCAGGAAAGAGAGGGAGGGAUGGGGUACCUACGGAAAUAGUUGAAGUGAAGCAGGAUGAGUUGAUUAAAAAUAGACCCAGGGAGGACCAGGUCAAGCUGACUGGUAUAGCUUUUGGCCCAUCUUACCAGCCUGUUGCAAGUAAGGGGAAGCCUUCAAAGCUGCACAAGAGGAAGCAUCAGAUUGGAUCUUUGUUCUAUGAUAUGAAGCAAAGGGAGAUGGAACUUGCAGAGCGACGUGCAAGAGGAUUCCUCACUAAAGCUGAGACACAGGCCAAAUAUGGGUGGUGAAUCAGAACGACACUCAUCCUGGUGAGUGGUGACGUCUUUGAAGUAGACUAAUUAUAUUAUUGUCAAGACAAAAUCUUGUGCUUYAUCAUCCCCUGCAUGUAAUAAUAGCUUUGUAUCUGGUUUGGAAGUUUUUAAUUUCUACAACAAUGGAAUUAAGGUUGGCAUUAUAUUUUGUAUUUUCAAUCCUACUAAUCGAGUUCCAAGUCCAACACACUAGUCGAUGAAGAAAA